AUGAAGAGAAGAUCCUCCAAUUUAGAAGAUGUCGAUGACAUAGAGCAUAAUAAUAAAUCUCAUCACAACCAUAAUUUUUCUGAUAAGGAGAUUGACAAUUCAGAAUUAUCAAUUGAAGAUAUUGAGGUUAUAGGUCCGGUUCCAACAGUAUCUGAUGCUCAGAACUAUAUCAAGUGGCAAAAUACCAUUUCAUCAGUGGUUCAAUCUGUUGUCUCAAUUCAUUUCUCACAGGUGGCUCCAUUUGAUGGUGAAUCCGCUUUGGUUUCGGAAGCUACUGGUUUUGUCGUAGAUUCAAAGCUAGGUAUAAUUUUAACAAAUCGUCACGUCGUAGGUGCUGGUCCUUUUGUUGGCUAUGCUGUAUUUGACAAUCACGAAGAAUGUGAUGUCACUCCAAUUUAUAGAGAUCCUGUGCAUGAUUUUGGUUUCUUGAAAUUCAAUCCUAAAGAUAUUAAAUAUAUGGAAGUGAAAAGUCUGCAAUUGAAGCCAAAUUUGGCUAAAGUUGGUUUAGAAAUUAGAGUUGUUGGUAAUGAUGCAGGUGAAAAAUUAAGUAUCUUAUCAGGUUUUAUAUCGAGAUUGGAUAGAAAUGCCCCUGAUUAUGGUGAAUUGACAUACAAUGAUUUUAAUACCGAGUAUAUACAAGCAGCCGCAUCAGCCUCUGGUGGUUCAAGUGGUUCCCCCGUUGUUAAUAGCGAUGGACAUGUUGUUGCCUUACAGGCUGGUGGUUCAACAGAAGCUUCUACAGAUUUUUUUCUUCCGUUAGAUAGAAUUUUAAGAGCUCUAAUCUGUGUACAAAAUGACAAGCCAAUAACUCGUGGUACUAUCCAAGUUCAAUGGUUACUAAAGCCAUACGAUGAAUGUAAAAGACUUGGUCUUACUCCAGAAGCUGAAAGUAAUGCACGUAAAAUGUUCCCUGAUAAAAUCGGUAUGCUUAUGGCGGAAACUAUAUUAAAAGAAGGUCCAGGUGAUGUCAAAAUAGCAGAAGGUGAUGUAUUGAUUUCAAUCAAUAACGAACUGAUAUCAUCAUUUAUUACUGUUGAUGAUAUAUUAGAUAGAAAUGUUGGUAACACAAUCACUUUGGUGAUACAAAGAAGUGGUGUUGAUAAAACAAUCCAAUGUGUUGUUGACAAUUUACAUAGAAUUACACCAGACAGAUAUGUUGAAGUCUGUGGUGCAACUUUCCAUGAGUUAUCUUAUCAAAUGGCCAGAUUUUAUGGUAUUGCGGUAAGAGGUGUUUUUAUUAGUAGCGCUUCAGGAUCUUUCAAUAUUGACCUCAGUGAAAGAGUUGGCUGGGUUGUAGAUUCGGUUGACAAUAAAGAAACACCUAACCUAAACACUUUUAUUGAGGUGAUGAAGGAUAUACCAGAUCGCAAAAGAGUUACAUUAAGAUAUCACCAUUUGAGUGACCAGCAUACAAUUCAUGUGACGUCAAUUUACAUCGAUAGACAUUGGUGUAACGAAUUCAGAAUGUAUAUAAGAAAUGACGUGACAGGUAUUUGGGAUUACCAAAAUAUCAAAGAACCGAUCCCUGCAGAAGAAAUUAAGCCACAUUCUGCAAAGUUUAUAGAGAUUCCGGUUGAAAAUAAGAAUAUUGCAAAGUUAUCGUAUUCAUUAUGUCAUGUAACUACCAUAGCAGUAAUUCCUUUGGAUUCUCAAUCAGUCGAAACGGUUAAAAUAUCAGGAUUGGUUGUGGAUGCAGAAGAAGGUUAUGUCUUAACAUCGCGUAGAGCAGUUCCACACGAUUGCUGUGACGUAUUUGUCACAUUUGCCGAUUCAGUUAUGGUACCAGCAUCCUUGAAAUUUAUUCAUCCUACUCAAAAUUAUGCAAUUUUGAAGUAUGAUGUGAAGCUGGUAAAUGCUCCGAUUGUAACUCCAAGAUUUUCAACAUCUUAUUUAAAACGUGGUGAUAAGGCAAAUUUUGUAGGUUACACUCAUAACCACAGACUGGUAACUGCUGAUACCACAAUCACUGAUAUUUCCUCAGUGAGUAUUCCAAGUAAUAUUAUCCCUAGAUAUAGAGCUACAAACAUUGAAGCUAUCUCCAUUGAUUGUAACAUCAGUACUAAAUGUAAUUCAGGUAUUAUAGCUGAUCAAGAAGGUGUUAUUAAAGCUUUAUGGUUAUCUUUUGUUGGUGAGAGAAGUGAUAAUAAGGAUAAAAUAUAUUUAAUGGGUUUGGACAUUAUGGAUUGUCUGGAAGUCAUUAAAUAUUUCAAGGAAGGAAAAAGGCCAAUCGUAAGCAUAGUUGAUGCUGGUUUUGGAUCUAUUUCUAUAUUAACUUCUAGAGUCAGAGGCGUUCCAGAAGAAUGGAUUGAGAGAAUGGAAAGAGAAUCUAGCAAUAGACUACAGUUUAUAACAGUCACUAGGGUCUCAUGCACUAAUGAUGAUGUUAAAUUGGAAACUGGUGAUGUGAUUUUGUCUGUCAAUGAUCAAUUGGUUACUAAAAUGAACCAAUUAAAUGGAAUUGUGUCUGAAUACGGAUCCGAACGUUCUCAAACCUUGACUUUUAAGGUUGUUCGUGAAGGUAAAAUAAUUGAUCUUCCAAUUAAAACAGUGUAUGUGAAAGAAACAGAUCAGUUUGUCGUUUUUGCUGGUUGUAUUGUUCAAGCACCACAUCACGCUGUCAAACAAGCAAUGCUAAAUUUACCAAGUGAGGUCUAUGUAACAUUCAGAGGUGAGUCUUCGCCAGCUUUGCAGUAUGGUAUCUCUGGUACCAAUUUCAUUACACAUGUUAAUGAAGUAGAAACGAAAGAUCUUGAAAGUUUCUUAACAGUUAUCAAACAAAUUCCAGAUAACAGUUACUGUAAGAUUAGAUUGAUGACAUUUGACAAUGUCCCAUUUGCUAUUUCUUUAAAAACUAAUUAUCACUAUUUCCCUACCACAGAAUUAAAGAAAAACACAUUAACAGGUGAAUGGAUAGAAAAUGACAUAAAGAAAACGGAAGAAAUCAAACAAUAG